AUGAUUUUAUCUUUUCUUCGGUUGGCAUCCGGAAAAUUUAUUGUGAAUAAAGAAUAUUUAUUCGAGAAUAAAAAUUUCGUUCGGAACAAUGUAUGGAAUGUCUUUAAAGCGCUUAUAUUGAUAAUUUUUCCUAUCACUUUACUUACCGAAGAAUUUGGUUUUCCUACGCCCGAUAUAGUUUACGAUUUUCGGAAAUGGACUAAUUCAGAUUUCGCAAACUUCGCCGAUUACGGAGUGAUUUCAGAUAAUGAUAUGAUAUUUUCAAGGUCACUUCAUGCUUUUCAUUAUAUGCGAAAAAACGCAAAGGAGAAAUAUGAUACUGCAGUUUCUGAAGAUAUGAAAAAUAUAAUAAUACCAGUUUAA